UGAAGUUACAGAGCAUCAUAUUUCCUAAGAGUCCUGUUUGAAAUUAACCACUGAAUCAAAUAAAGCAUGUGCUUCACUGUGGUAAGCAAGCAUCAAAGACUCCUUGGUGUGAUGCACAUUGCAAAUUUGGCAUGCUCUCCUUAGGAGGCCUAUUUAACACGCAGUCACUGGAAAAGCUCUCUCUCUCUCUCUCUCUCUCUCUGUUAUACACACACUCUCUCCUCCACUCUUAGCUUUGGUUUUUUUUUUUUAGAAUGAAGUGCAAGAAGCAAAUGAAUGUCAGCCCCACUACCCCUCCCUGCCCCCCUUUAACAAGAGACAAGAAGGACAAGCAUGCAAACAAGGGGGAGGGAAACUGAAUGCAAUUCCUGACUACUGUAAUGACAACAAUCUGCUUUUUAAUAACAUCCUGUCUACAGUUUAAUGGCAUCCCGUGUGGCCGACUGUGUUUCGAAGAGGUCCAGUGAGGAGGGGGUGUGAGCAAGCAAAUCACUGGUUGGCCAAGCAAAGCCCUCAUCCCACCCCCCGCAACAAGAGGGCAGAGUGUAUAAUGUCAAAAUGUCACUUACCUCCUCCCUCUCCUCCACCUCCUCCUCCUCCUAUUCCUCUUCAACCGUCACCACCUCCUCCUCCUUCUCUCCUCCUCCUCCAUCUCCUCGCCACUCAAGAUGAAGUUCAGCUCACUUGGAGACGCCUGACAGACAGUGAGGGGAACUGAGGCGAGCACUGAAGCCCUAUUUUCUCAAAUCGGUACUUCUCCUUCUCUCUCUCUCUCUCUCUCACACACACUCUCUCUCUCUUUCUCUGCUUUUCCGUCCUCUUCUUUUCAUCCCUUCCCAGUGUUUUUCCCUUCUUCAAGAGCCCAGAGGAGUGCUCUCAAGGUGCUACCUGGGUGAGGGAGGAACACAGCGCCGAGAGUCUUCCACUGACGGGGCCACCACUACCACCACCACACGGCGACCAUGGGCAACCCUUGCAUCUGCGCUCUGGAGCUGCUGGGCCUGCUGGUGGGCUCCGUGGCCUGGUUCUGCUCCCUGGCCACCAUGCUCCUGCCCCAGUGGCUGACGCUCUCCACCGAGCUGCUGCCCACCGAGAGCUUCGAGCAGGGCCUGUGGGAAACGUGCGUGGUCCAGGAGAUGGGCGGCCUGGAGUGCCGGCCGUACGACACCAUCCUGGGCCUGCAGCCCGAGAUCCAGAUGGCGCGCAUCCUCAUGUGCCUCUCUCUGAGCACCAGCCUGCUGGGGCUGCUGGUGGCCGUGCCCGGCCUGAGCCAGAUCAAGAGCUGCCCGGGCGAGGAAGGCCACUGCGCCAAGCGGGCGCUGAAGAUCAUCGCCGGCUCGUUGUGCGUGGCAUCUGGCGUGGUGGGGCUAGUGCCCGUGUCGGUGGCGGCGCACACGACCGUGGUGAAGUUCUUCGAUGAGCGGGUGCCUGAGGUGAUCCCUCGCUGGGAAUUUGGCGACGCCAUCUUCAUCGGAUGGGUGGCCGGGUUCCUGCACGUGAUCGCCGGGGUGCUGUUCAUCACGUCCUGUCCGGGAUCAAAUCAAGGCCAGGCGAGAUUCAUGCAGCACCACCGCAGACAAGAGGUCAGGACUAUCCACAGCUCACCCAGGAAGCAUUCCGAGUAUGUCUAAGCCACUCCGAGCUCCGAGCCCAGUCCAGGGAGAGAGGGGUGGAGGGACCCUUCAGCCUGGAUCCAGUAUGAAGUUUUAAUUAAACUGAAAGACAGAUCACAGUUGUUACUAUAAAUCAAAGAAACUAUUGGAGUGGUUGCUGAUUAUUUCUGCUGAGUAUUCUAAGGACAUUUUUGGUUCGGUGUUAAUGUAUCAACUCAUCUUCUUUGUGUCAGGUAAUAUUUCUUUUCCUUUUUUUUUUAACUCACUCUGCAUGCACUUCAUUCAGUAAAAUUCAGUCAUUCAUAGACAAAUAUGUAUGUUAUCAUACUGAGUGGCAGUAUAUACCCAGUAGUUUACUCACCAACUCAAACAUGUUAUUAGUUCAAUUACUGUACGAAGAUCCUCACUUUUUUUUUUUCUUAAGAACUGUGAGUUUCAUAAUGAACUUUUGUUUUCUUAGACUGGCAACAUACUUUUGUACAAUCUGACGACAGGAGGCUUUCUUGACAUAAAGAUACAUCACACAUAUAAUCUACUGUGUUAUUCUGUGUAGCAGUUGAGAGCUCGAAGAACAUCAAAAUGAGACAUCCAUUGAAGAAAUAUGACUUUGUGAUCACUGUAUGUAUCUGAAUGUAAAUUAUAAUUAUUGUACAGUUAUUUGGACACAUAGGCCAACUAGAGCCACAGAAACCACACACAUUUUACACACACAAACAAACACACACCCACACAAUACACACACAUACCAAGUGGUGGAUAAGCACAACGUGUAGUGGUUUGUAAAUGACAGUGAAAUGUACUGUAUGUGAAGACUGAUUUAUAAAGAGUUCACUGCUUUAUUUGAAUAAUGAACUUUUAAUAUGA